GCUGUUGACAAAUCAGGGAUUAUGAAAGUUGCAGGGUGGGAACUACCAGCGUUAAUGUGUAACACGUCGUAUAUGUAUACACAGCUAGCUAGUCCAUAAUUGUGUGACUCGUUUUAUAACAGUGGAGUAGCAGUAUUUACGACGACACAGGGAGUCUCGGUUCACUGACUUAGCUAGCAGGAUAACCUCUACUCCUACUGACACAUGGUCGGCUACAUGAGGAGGCAGGACUGCACUCAGAGUAUGUGGCGGUGCCGAGCAGGACAUUAACAUGACUGUAAACCAGGCAUCAGCAUGAUGGAGGUACCGGACAGAACCACCAACUUCAGCUCGUCCUAUGAGGACCAGGACUCCUCCUCUGCUCUCUCCUCCAGCAUGUCCAUAGACAAGCUCCUACCGGCUCUCCUGGAGUGCUUCGGGAUCAUACUAUGUGGAUACAUAGCAGGGAGAGCAAACAUCAUCACCUCCACCCAGGCCAAAGGAUUGGGCAAUUUCGUGUCCAAGUUUGCCCUUCCAGCGCUGCUGUUCAAGAACAUGGUGCUGUUGGACUUUGGCAAUGUCAUCUGGCCCUUCCUGUGGAGCAUCCUCAUUGCCAAAGUGUCUGUGUUUUUCCUUGUCUGCGUCCUCACGCUGGUGGUUGCCAGUCCUGAGAGCCGCUACAGUAAAGCUGGGCUUUUCUCAAUAUUUGCCACCCAAAGCAAUGACUUUGCCCUGGGAUAUCCCAUUGUUGAGGCCCUAUACCAGAGCACAAACCCGGAGUACCUCCAGUACAUCUACCUGGUUGCACCCGUGUCCCUGAUGCUUCUAAAUCCCAUCGGAUUUGCCUUCUGCGAGAUCCAGAAGUGGAAGAAUCAGGAAAACCGCCAGCAGAGAAAACUCCUGAUCGUGGGAAUGGUAGUUUUACAGGUCCUGAAGAACCCUAUAGUGUUCAUGGUCGUCAUCGGCAUCAUCGCCCAUUUUGCCCUGCACCAGACAAUUCCUCCCUUCAUGGCUGAGUUUGUGGACGGCUUGGCCAACUCUUUCGGGGGAGCAGCUCUGUUCUACUUGGGUCUGUCCAUGGUGGGACAGUUGGGGAAAUUAACCAGAUCCACAGUGGUGACACUGAUAUUACUCACAACAGCAAAACUGUUGCUGAUGCCGCUGAUUUGUAAAGACAUGGUGGAUCUGCUGGACAAUAGCAACACCAGCGCAUUGAACCACUCAAGCCUCUCCAAUUAUGCCUUCAUUUAUGGAGUGUUUCCCACUGCUCCAAGUGUGGCCAUCUAUGCAGUCUAUUAUAACGCCGAGCUAGAAGUUGUAACCUCUGGGAUGGUGAUCAGCACUUUUCUCUCAGCUCCAAUAAUGUACGUUUCUGCCUGGUUACUCACAAUGCGUUGGAUGGAUCCUCAGCUUUUGAUGAAUUCAUUGCAGAACGUCAGCUUUAACAUAAGCAUAGUGAGCCUGGUUGCACUGGUGUGGACAAUUGUUGUCAUGUUUUUAGGUAAGAAAUUCAAGAGGCUACCUCACAUGUUCACAAUCAACCUUUUCUUGGCACAGUUUCUAACUUGUAUUGGGAUGAUCCUGUGGAACUUUGUGGUGAAAGAAGACAACUUCGUCGGGCAGGUCCUGACGUUCACAUUAUUAUGUACCUCACUCUACAGUACUUAUGUUUGGCCAGGUUUAAUAGCACUCUCUCUUGUGCUCAUGAAAACGUAUGAGGAUGUGAAAGUUUCCCCAGGCGUGUUCGUAAUUGCAGGCUGGGGGUUUCCAGCCUUUUUAACUGCUGUGUUGCUCAUUUCUGGGGAAAAAAUGUCCGACACGAUUGACUCAGCAUUCUUUUACGGCAAACCACAGAUAAUUUGCACCACAGUUAUAGUGGCCCUCAGUAUACUGCUGGGAGGGAGCUCUCUUGUGUGUCUCAGUAGAGGAAGCUGGGCCCACAAUGACCAAAACCAAGAGGGAAACUCUGCAGAGGAUCUUGUGACUGAGGUUGAACCAGAAAACCAGACUCUGUUUGAGCCAGUCGUCUCAUCAGGAGAUCUAAACAACAGAGCGUGCCUCAUAUGUGACUGUGCACCACCCCAGCCCAUGCCCGACAUGAUCAUCAGCGCCACUAUAAACAACGCACCAAACACACUCACAGGUCAAUGUGAGAACCCCUGCGAGUCCACAGACUGCCUGCUUGUCCAAGUGGAGGAGCUCCAACAGGUUGCAGACAGACAAGUGGCCCGUCAUGUGCUCUUAUGUCUGCUGCUGACUGUCAGCUUGCUUGCUAACCUGUCCAGCUGCUUGUGGUUGCUCUUGAAUAACAUUCCUGGUCGUCUCUACUUGGAGCUGCAGUUCUUCUGUGCCGUGGCCAACUACGGACAGGGUCUUCUCUCCUUUGCUCUGUUUGGGCUGGACAAGCAUUUGAUUAUACUGCCAUUCAAGAAGAGGUUAUACAGUCUGUGGGGUGGAAAGAAGCAAGAAGAGCAGCCGCAGACGGAUUUACCUGAGGAAAUCAGGAUGACCUGCACCCAGUUCACCAAAUACCACAAAGACCAGUGUGUUCAUGACAUUGUCAAAAAAAGGAGGUGUGGGAAGAGGACUAUGGUGGACUGUUUUCUUGGCUGUGAACUUGUGGAGUGGCUCCAGCAGGUGGGCCUGGCUCAGGACCACGGUGAGGCAGUCCUCUAUGGGACACGCUUACAGCAGGGCAGCGUGCUCCAGCACAUCAAGCAGGAACACGACUUCCAAGACAGCCGCCUUUAUUACCGCUUCAUGGCAUGAGACAUAAGGGUCAAAGUCCACAUUUCUUUUCUUACCGGAGGUAAAUGGCAUUUCUUGUACAGUACAGCACCUCACAAUGCAGUAUUGUGCAGCGCAACGUCCCGGUCAGGUGUUGGAGCAGACCACACCUGACUGUGACGUUGGGUGUGUUCAGAAGUACAACAGACUCGAAACUUUCAAACUUAAAAGGCCAGGGCAUAAUUCAUUGUGUGGAGUUGGUCUUAAAGGGAAUUUAUCUAACCAACUCUAUCACAUUUGUUCAGUUUUACAUUUAACAUUUCACUCACCAAGAUAAUUGCUGAAAUCUUGAGGUGCAGCAACAUUGCCAAAACGGUCAGUCAGGACAGGAACAUGAGCUGUCACAUGAUCAUACAUGUACAUUAAAGUCCCAGUUUUAGCCAUAUUAUCAUAAACAUUUAUUUUGAAGUAAAACCUAAAGUGGGAGUGUCUGAAAUGGCAGUUAUAAACCUUCAAUUUGUGGAACACAAAAAACACACACAGC